AGGUACCAACUCUUCAUCCGCAAUCCCUCGGCAGCAGCAACUCUUCGGCUGUCGUGCCAAGGACAGCUGCGUGAGCGCAAAUGUUCGCAGGUGGUCCUCAGUGCAGAUUCAAGGCUUUCGUUCCCGCAGAAUCGUGCAGAGAGAGCGUACAUUCCACGGAAUCGUGACAUGCUUGAUGGCACAGUACAGAUGGAAUUGAAGGCGCCUUCUUCUCGACCCGGACACUGCAAAGUGCCUUGCAUCCUUCACAUCGAAGUGGAGUUGCUCCCAGGCGAAUUCCAGUCAGUACAGUACCAGCUCGAGGCAAUCUUGAAGGACAAAUUUUCGCUUCUCGUCGAUGGUGGCAUGCCAUUACAUUUCGUAGCUCACCCUGGCAAGCCAGAAUAUUUCCUUUUUGAUUCGCGCCACGCUUUUGCAUCAACCCUUACACUGGACUUUCCUUACGACACAUUUGACCCAGAAAACAGCCUGGUGAGGAUGUACAUCCUUGACUGUGACUCGCAGGAACCUGCUGAUGCUCAAGCUGCUCCGAUUCCAUCAGCCGAAGAUUUUAGUCGCAUGGCUACCCUCAAUUCUCGGUGGCAGCUUACAGCCUUGGAAGCAGCUACUGGCACCUCAAGAGACAAUCGAUCCCAAUGCCUUGGCGUCAGAAUCGGCGUUAUCUCGAAUCGUUUGCAUCCUGUGUCGAUGGACAUCAGAGGUUUUGGGUGGCACCCAGGAACGACCCUGUUAUUGGGCGAGUCUUUGGAAGGAUUUGUAGAUGGUUCGCAUGCCGCCAGCUAUGAGGUUGUCAGUGACGAAGCCAAGGAGUUUGCUUUGGAUUUGGAGGUUUGUGCUGGGAAAGUGCACUUGCAGACUUCUUCACCGCCCGACAAGGCAGGACAGUUUGGACACGAUUUCCAAGAUGGCUUCUCCAACAUGAAGAUGCCCUUUGAAUCGAACAGGUGGAUUCAGGUGUCCUCUAUGAAUGGGGAAUACGCGCGAUACGUCAUUUCUGCGCAGGCAUGGAAAGAGAUCGCCUGGCUUGACACAGGAAAUGGGAGGAGUUUGCAUAUAGAACAACGAGACACCGGUAUUGCUGUGGCGUGGCAGGCUGUUCACCUGGAAGGGAAGCAAGGUGGUGAAGACCCAAAUGUUCAAUACGAGGUGUUUUAUAUUCGAGCUGACUUGCUCCAGUCGAAUUUCGAUACAGCGUGUGGAAUGUAUUUGGAGCAUACUUUGCGGCAUGCCAAACGAAUCAUUACGCACGCCCUAAACAUUGAGAUCCAGGACUUUGAGCCCGGCACCUUGUAUCACGUCAACGUGUUAGCAAGGAGCCUCGCCACUGGGCACCUCUUUGCCUUCCAGUCCUCACGCUUGACGGGAAGGUUGGAAAACGAGCCGGCUUUUGACGAGGGAAAUUACAGGUCAUUUAUUUUGGGACCUGUGCUGAUUUUGGUCAUGGUUUGCUUCGCCUGGUGCCACCGGCAUUGUACAGGCCAGGUGAACGUGAAUGCCAUGAUGCGACGAAUCGAGUUGCCAUCCUGGGGAAGUUCACCUCAACACUACCGGUAUCUCGAAGGUCGCACCAUCGGCGGCUAUGCUCAGUUUUAGCACAUCGAGAACACGCACAGCUGAACUCUGAGCGCGAGCCAAGUCCGUACCACUUGCGGGCCAGAAGUUGCCGCUGCCGUCCGAAAGGAUACACGAGAAAAUAGCGACCAAAAAAUUGUUUUGGUGCACUGGUAGACUUUUGUUCUUUAGGCCGAGCGACUUUGCAUUCCCGAA